GUCCUCCUUCAUGUCCACCUUGUGUUUGGUGGACCACCGCUGGAGCUCCUCGUUUUGUCUCCUCAGCUGCAGGCGCAAUCAAUAAUUAAAAAAAAACGAGAGAAAAUGUGAUGCUGCUAUUAUUGGUGGAUACCAGUGAUGUCUGCAGACUGCUGCUUCCCACAGCUGAGCACAAACUGAUGAAUCAUGUAUUGAUCUUUAGUCUCCAGGCUGAGAUAGGUUUUGGCUGCUCGUAACCUCAGGUGACCUGACAGCGUGUGGUCAGGUUUGUGACUGCCUCCCACCCUCCCGUUGCAGGUUCUUCACCGGAUUCCAACACCACUGUGAGAUGCGACGAUGCUCCAGCAGAGGAAGGCUCAUUCGCCAACACACCGCCGCGGCCUGGCAUGGCUACACUGCCUGCAGAAGCUGAACCCCGGCCACUGCUUCCCAUGAGGCCACCACCAGAACUCAGCUUGACCUCUCUGUAUGGGGCCUCCCACAUAUGAACUGACAUGGAGGAUGAAGAUGGGACUUGUCUGCUUGAUGUUUUGUGUGACCCCCAAGCCCUGAAUGACUUCCUUCAUGGAACCAAUGAGCUGCAGACUGAAGACCUGCUCAUUAACUCCUCCUCUGGGGAGCCCUCCCUGUUCACAGACGCCCCGAGUCCCAUCUCUCUGCUGGGAGAUGACAGGGAUUCCCCAGACAACCCUCCACCUGGCUGUGUGGAUUUGUCAUUCCUGGAGGAGGCGCUUCUGUCAUCGCCAGAGGGGGGAGAAGACCCACAGAUGGUGCAGGCUGCGCCUGUGGAAGCUGGAUAUGAGGCAAAGAAGGGAGAAGUGGAGGAAGAGGAGGCGGCGGAAAUGGCGUGCGAUAUCCUCCAGCAAAGCCUCCAAGAGGCUGACAUUACUGAGCAGACCAUGGCUCUGGAGGCGGGUCUAGCCCAACCAGGGGAGAGUCUGUCCCUGUACUCCCCUGCACCUCUUCUCUCUCCACCUGCUGUACCAUUUGUACCCAAUUCUGUGACCUUACCAGUCACCCCAGUCUUGCCCAGAGACACCCAGGCAGCAGUGGAGCCUCCUCAGCCCUCCCUUCUUGCUGUUGGGCCUGGUUGUCCUUCGCUAAAGCCUGCUGCCCCUCCUCAGCUGAUGGGCCUCCUGCCUGGGAAUGUGUUUCCUUCUCCAGAGACGACCUUUUCUCUGAGUCCUGCACAGGGAUCCAGUAUGAUCAUUCAUAAAGCUGUGCCGAGUGUGACAGGUCGUCCUCUUAUCACCCCAACUCUUAGAGCAGCAGCACCAAACCCAGGCAUUGUCUUGCAACGUGCUCCUCUUCCAAUCCAACCCAAGCUUCCCAUCAGCAUUCAACCCAGACUGGUUCAAAUUAGUCCCAAGCCCUCUGGUCAAAACCCUGCUCCAAGUCUUACGUUUGUCCCUGGGACUGCUUCACCAAAUAUUUUAGUGUCCCAGCCUACAGGCCAAAAGCCUCCAGCUCCCCCACCACAGUCCAACCAGCAGCUCCCCAAGCCAGUCAGCUUGCAGCUGGUCAACCAGUGUGGAUCGCUUGUGCUUCAGCCUCAGGGAUUUUUCCACGGCCAAAACUCAUUCCUUCUUCCAGGCCAGUCUCCUGUUACAAUCUCCCAGCAUGCUAGUGGAGCUCGACCCCUCCUGACCCCCAGUCACCAAAGCCCUUCAGUGCACAGCAUCACUCCCUCCACCAGGCAGCUUGUAGAUGGCUCUCAUAUCCUAACAGUGCCACAAAGGCAGCUGAACUUCAGCCCAGUCUUCACCACCCCUACAGGGCAGCUAGCACUCCGCCAGGCAACUGUGCUUUCAGGACCUUUGCAGCUCCACUCAGUACCCCCUACUGUCUUCCAAAUGCCAGCACAGCUGGCUGGAACUUACACACCAGGAGGGCAGGGGCAACAUGCCACCCUGGUCCAUAGUCCCACUUUGGGGAACCAUAUUACUUUGAUCAAUGGUUCUGGGGUUCUUCCUCAAGAUCUCACUUCCAUCUCGAUUGUUAAUGGCCCCUCUGUUGUUCAGGGGCUGCCUUUUGCUUCCCAGGGUCCCCAACCAAGAGUGACUGAAGGACAAUUGAACCUCCAGCAGGCCUCUGUUGUGCUGCUGCCAGAUAGAACUGUACCCGAAGAAAGGAUAACAGAAGAGACAUUUCACCAACUACCACAGCAUUAUGGACAUGUUGUCCAUCACGUCUCCAUGCAGCCGGUGGCUGCAGGCCUCCAGUCUGCCUCUCCUCCAGUAGUUACAGUCCUACAACCCUCUUCUGAACCAACACUGGCCCCUGAUCCAGCUGUGGAGGUGCCAAAGCUCCUAAUUCCCCCAACAAACAUCAACCAAGUAGUAGAGGAGGUGAACAACUCUGUGACUGAGAGUCAGGCCUUUAUGCAACAUCUGCAACAGCAAGCACUGAGUUCUCCCGUUCCAGCCGAGUUGCUGGUUGAAGCUCUACCGGCGGUGCAGUUAGAGACUCUCGACUCCCCUGUUGUCAGUGAGAUGGAGAACCAGCCGCAGACGCCAGCGGACGCCGACCCGGCCAGCUGCACUGUGAUGGCAGACCAGUGUGUUGAGGCUUCUCCACUACCGUCGGAUCCUGAGGACACGCCCCUGCUCUCCUCCUCCCCUUCUACUCAGGACACAGCUGGGCCUCUGUUUACUAUGUCUGAGCCUGAGAGUUCAGGUCCCCAGCCCACAGUAACCAUAUCCCACAUGGAGCCCCAACUCCAGUACCAGGGCCCUCAGCAGGUCUCACAGUCUAUGUUUGACCAAACCCAGGUCCAGCCACCUGUUUCCUUGCCCUUGGUCCAUACGUUGGCUUCUAGCUCCUCCUCCCCUUUGUGUGUGAGUGUGUCAGUACCUCAGCAGCAACUUGAUCCCGUCGCUCCCUCUGCUAGUUUCUCCAGAGAUGGAGAGGACCCUGCUGUCCAACACACGCAAAAUAAGCCAACAGCUGCCUUGGCGGUGGAGAGUAAAGACUUUUCUCUCAGUGUCCAUCCAACCUCUCCUGCACCGCAGGGAGUCCAGGCUCACGAGCCCUCAGCUCCCCGGGAGUCCAUCUCCAUCCUGACCAAGCAGCAGCACACAGGCACCAAGCUGCCAGGGGUUGCAGAGCAACAACAAGACGAGAGACUCACACCAGCAAUGCGAAGGCACAGGUUCCUGCAGCAGCUUUGUUUGGACCACGGAGCAGUUCAGCGCUCGUACACCAGCCCGGCCUUUUCCACCCUGGAGGAUGCUGUCAGACACCUGUUGCCAUACCACACCUGUGCUGGUCAUCUGCCCACGCAGCAAGACUUCACUUUAGUGGACCAGGAGUUUGACACAGUGUCUGCUUUCCUGGUGAAACGCACCAAGGACAUGGUGAAUAAAUACCGGCAGCUACUACUUCGAGAAGCCCAGCAGGAGAGUCCGUCGGCAGAGAUGGUGAUGCUGGAGCGUCUUUUCCUCCAGGCUGAGCGCUACACGUUAGCAGAGGACAGACGAAGAGCUCGACGAGACCCAGAGUUGUGUAUGAUGGCUGUGGGUACUUCAGCGUCUCCCCCUCAUGAUGCGCACCCCUGCGGUCCCUCCCACCUAUAUUCCUCUGGCAGCCCGUCUUCUCCACCACCCUGGACCAGACUGUCUGACCGGCCUCCAGGGCUUAAAACGUACCGCUCCAGUUCCCGUGGGGCUCUCAGGCUCACCAUCAAGCAAGAAACUGGGUCUCGUAAAGUGGUCCAUAACUCUGUCUGUGACCUGGGACUCAAGAGAGACCACACUGGGCAGUUGACAAACGGCAGCAGUGCUCUAACCGAGCGCAUCUCUCAGACACUCAAUGGAGCCCCGCCGCAUCCUCAUCACAGCGAGGACAUCUCCAGCAGAAUCCUGGCUGGGAAGGCUGCUGAUGACAUCCUGUGCAGCGAUGCCACUUCUGGACCACCAACAGCACCUGAUCCCAAAACAAAAACCCCAAAUCCAAUUUCUAUGCCAGAGCCACAGGCUGCGAGCUUUGAGUUGCCUUCUAGGGACCCCUGCACCCCAAAACUGAAAUGCUACAGACUGGAUAAAACAGAGCAGAAUUUCAGCCCGCCACCUCCAACCCUCCAAGAGGACAACAUGCUCAGUGAGCAUCUACAGUGUGCCAUCAACAGCAUCCUGGAGCUCCAGCGGCUGCAGGGCCCCCCAGUGUCGGGAACUUCACUGGACCAGGCUGUCACCAGCUUUUUGGAGGGCCACCUGUGAGGUGAGAGACGUCCACAUCAUCCGUCAGCAGACUACAGCUGAACGUGAUUCCAGAAGUAGCGACAUGGUUUGGUGGGGAUUCUGAAUGGUCUUGUUGGUUCCCAGGAAUUGUUUUGUUCUAGGGUUCAGAGGGAACUUUCAAGUGACUGAGGACAAGAGGAGGAAAAAUAAGAGGCACUAUAAAGAGAUGCAUACCAGACAACAGCACUAUCUAUAGUCUGAUAAAUGUUAGAUACUUCAUUUUGAUGUAUGUUUGUGGGGGAAAAAGUCUAUUUGAAUAGGAGCUCUAUUGUUUCAGUGGUAGUUCAGUCAUUCAAAAGGUUUACGACACUGCUGUAACCUUCAUCAGCAUAUAGUAUAUAAUAGUGAGGAUGAUGAAAAAUGUGGAAUGGACCCAGAUUAUUUAAUAGCUUUUGUAAAAAAAAAUAAGAUUUCUUUCAAAUGUGAGUUUCUUUUACAUAGUGCCAAGCUUCCAGGGUAUUUAUUUCAAUAUGUGCCAAUUGUGUUUUUCAGAGGAGUUGCGUUGAUGCAGUUGAGAAAGGCAGUGAAGUGUGUGACGAGUGUGUGUCGUUCGUUUGAGACAGGACAUUGCGUGGCUUCUACCCAACAAAACUCCAAAGAAUUUGUGGCUUACUGCAUCCUGAAUACACCAGCAAACAUCUAUUUUGUCUCCUUAAAUGCACACUGGAGUCUGUUAGAGCAGAAAGAAUCCAGCAGGGGGCGCACAGAUUUUGGUAUUUAUUUAUUAUUUUCUUUUUUACUGCUGUCAUCAUUCAUGCUGGAGUCUCAUUGAGAAAAAUAUUAAUGUAGUUCUCACAGUAGUUUACCAUUCUGUAUGUUUUAACAUGCAAGCAAUAAUAACAUGUUGGGAAAACAGUGCUGGUGCAGAUAGUCAAAAAAGAAGAAAAAAAAAAAAGGUUAUGCGUGAAAGAGGUUUGUCAUUGAAGCCCCUGUAAUGUUAACCGUUUCAAGGGCUCGAGGGUCGUGAAACUCACUCGGUGCGUAAAUUAUCAUGCAAACGUUGAUGGAAAAACACCAAAUCUGUAGUUUUUGUUUUUCCUGGCAGGCUUUGAC